AUGAAGAGCUACAACCAAUUUAAUUUGAACGCCGUUGCCCCGCCCGCCAUUGCCUACGAGAACGCAGCCGCAGCAGCAGCCCUAAAUUCAAGCAAUUCGCCCCUCGAUCACAAUCAGCAGCAGCAGCGUCAGGACAUGCCGCACUUUGGACUGGGCAGCGGUCCUCAGCCGCCGCCGUCGCAGCAGCAGCAAGUGCACCAUCAGCAGCAGCAACAGCAACAACAAAUGCAACUGUCCAUGUUGCCGGGUCCGUACCGGCCGCACAUCGAGGAAAAAAAGCUGACGCGCGAUGCCAUGGAGAAGUACAUGAGGGAGCGUAACGAUAUGGUCAUCGUGAUACUCCAUGCCAAGGUGGCCCAGAAGUCCUAUGGCAAUGAGAAGCGCUUUUUCUGCCCGCCGCCCUGCAUCUAUCUGUUUGGCAGCGGCUGGCGACGGCGCUACGAGGAGAUGCUGCAGCAGGGCGAAGGCGAGCAGGGGGCUCAGCUGUGCGCCUUCAUUGGCAUUGGGAGCAGUGACCAGGACAUGCAGCAGCUGGAUCUCAACGGGAAGCAGUACUGUGCUGCAAAGACCUUGUUCAUUUCGGACUCGGACAAACGCAAACACUUUAUGCUGUCGGUGAAGAUGUUCUACGGGAAUGGCCACGACAUCGGCGUUUUCAACUCGAAACGGAUCAAGGUGAUAUCAAAGCCAUCCAAGAAAAAGCAGUCACUAAAGAACGCUGACCUGUGCAUAGCCAGCGGCACAAAUGUGGCCCUCUUCAAUCGCCUGCGCUCACAAACCGUCUCCACUCGGUAUUUACAUGUGGAGAAUGGACACUUUCAUGCCUCGUCCACCCAGUGGGGGGCAUUUACGAUACACCUGCUCGACGACAACGAGUCCGAGUCGGAGGAGUUUCAGGUGCGCGAUGGCUACAUCCAUUACGGUGCCACAGUCAAGCUGGUAUGCUCAGUCACAGGCAUGGCCCUGCCGCGCCUCAUCAUACGCAAGGUGGACAAGCAGAUGGCGCUGCUGGAGGCCGAUGAUCCUGUCUCCCAGCUGCACAAAUGUGCGUUCUACAUGAAAGACACGGAUCGCAUGUAUUUGUGCUUGUCGCAGGAGAAGAUUAUCCAAUUUCAGGCCACGCCGUGUCCCAAGGAGCCAAACAAGGAGAUGAUCAAUGAUGGUGCCUGUUGGACAAUUAUUUCCACGGACAAAGCCGAGUACCAGUUCUACGAGGGCAUGGGUCCUGUGGCUUCUCCAGUCACACCUGUGCCCAUUGUAAAUUCUCUUAAUCUUAAUGGUGGCGGCGAUGUGGCCAUGCUGGAGCUGAGCGGCGACAACUUUACGCCCCAUCUGCAGGUGUGGUUCGGUGAUGUGGAGGCCGAGACCAUGUAUCGCUGUACGGAGACGUUGCUCUGUGUGGUGCCGGAGAUAUCACUUUUUCGCGGCGAAUGGCUUUGGGUACGACAGCCCACACAGGUGCCCAUUUCGCUGGUGCGCAACGAUGGCAUUAUCUACGCCACGGGCCUGACAUUCACGUAUACCCCAGAGCCGGGGCCGCGGCCGCAUUGCAAUACCCAGGCUGAGGAUGUGAUGCGGACACGGCACAACAACAACAACAACAUCUCGAACAUCAGCAACAACAAUAACGCGGGCUCACCGGCAGGUGGCAGCUUGCAACAGCAGCAGCAACAACAGCCACAGCAGCAUCAAGCGCUGCCCUCCAUCUCAGAAGUGCAAUGGAAUAGUCAUGGUAGCGGCUUGUCCUGAGUGCAGGACAUUUGCAUCCUACAUUUAUGUCUGCUAAGUUUUUUAUAGUUUCCAUUAGAGACCUUAGUUUGUAGAUUAACGAUUUUUCUAAUUCUAAUUUCUCCCCUCUCAUGACGCGACGCGAACAAACAAACAGAA